ACGAUGCAUCACACUUCCAGGACCGCGCUGCGCCGCUCACUGAAGCGAGUUCACCAAAGAACUCUUUCUACGUCGGCACCGGCACCACCGGUUCAAAUAACUACCUUACCCAACAAGAUCCGGGUUGCAACGGAAGCCACCCCAAGCCACUUCUCGGCUCUGGGGCUCUAUGUCGACGCGGGCUCUCGCUAUGAAACGCCGUCUACCCUUGGAGUUAGCCACUUUGUGGACAGAUUGGCAUUUAAGACCACGGCCACACGCUCUCAGGAGGAGAUGUCUGCUGCCAUCGACCAGAUGGGAGGGCAAAUAAUGUGUGCUUCAGCAAGGGAAUCCAUGAUGUAUCAGUCAACGCACUUCCACCAGGCGAAUCCAUUAGCCUUGUCACUCAUAGCCGAUACGGUCAUCAACCCCGCUUUUCUCGACGACGAAAUUAGUUUGCAGCGCGAUGCUGCUCGUUACGAAAUCCGGGAAAUCAAUUCAAAGCCGGACAUGAUACUUCCGGAAAUCUUACAUGAAGUUGCAUACGACGGCAAGACGCUUGGCAUCCCGCUCUUAUGCCCCGAAGAGCGAAUAGAUCACAUCAAUCGGGAUUGCAUUCGGGAGUACAUGCAACGCCUUUACACCCCGGAGCGCAUGGUCGUUGCUGGUGCAGGAAUGCAGCACGAAGAGCUGGUCGAACUGGUGGACAAAUACUUCUCGUCGUUGAAGCCCACUACCUUCAUCCCGCCGCAUCCCCUGCAGCCAACCUCCCGCCAAAAUAAUCCGCAACAUCCUGUUGCACCACAUCUGAUCCCUAAAUCGCCCGGUUCGCUCUACAAGUCCCUCACGCGGGCCGCUUCGUAUUUGACCCCCUCCGUCACGCUAGAACCCGGCUACUCAUCUGUUCUGAACCCGCAAUCUACGUACACUGGUGGCCAUCGCUUCCUCCAUCGAGAAGACAGCGAAUUCAACCACUUAUAUCUUGCCUUUGAGGGUGUCAGCAUACACGACGAUGACAUCUAUGCCCUAGCGACUAUGCAAGUACUUCUUGGAGGAGGGGGAAGCUUUUCAGCAGGAGGCCCAGGGAAAGGAAUGUACUCACGUCUGUACACCCACAUUCUCAACCACUACCCGCAGGUCGAUCACUGCGCCUCCUUCCACCAUAUAUACAGUGAUUCCUCCUUGUUCGGCCUUUUCGCAUCCUUCGUGCCCAAAGCAGGUCGCCACCAUGGCAAUACAGCCGACCAAAUCCUACCUCAUCUCGUACAUCAACUAAGUUUGCUGCUCUACGCGCCAGUCUCCGAAACUGAGCUCAGCCGCGCGAAGAACCAGCUAAAAUCUAGUCUGAUGAUGGCCCUCGAAAGUCGAGCUGUUGAAGUAGAGGACCUUGGACGUCAGAUCCUCGUACACGGUCGCAAGAUUUCCGUAUCCGAGAUGUGUGAAAAAGUGGAUGAGUUGACGCCCGAGUCCAUUCGCAAAACCGCAGAGCGCGUCUUCGGGCCUCGAUCGGGCAACAAGGCGACAAUCGUCUGCAUGGGUCGGGACGAUGUCAGAGAUUGGAAGGGCGUCCUCCGCAAGUAUAGUGUAGCCGGAGCUUGAAGGCGUUCUUGGCGUACAUUCGCUAUUUUAACAUAUAUUAAUCUACCCUUUAGUCGAGCCCAUGCGUCCUUGGCGCCACUCACUAUCACUGCCUGCUAUGUGUACCUGUUUCAUUACC